AAACUGAGACCAAACUACAUUUCUUUGUAGAAAGCGUAACAAAAUAGUUUUAUCUUUGUGUUAUGAUGCUAACGAAUUCUAACCUUGUUGUUCUUGUUGGGUACUCUGCUUGUCGGUCAACGUGGCUCGAAUUACUUAAGUGGGAAUAAUCAUUCAUAUGAUGACAAAUGACACUUGAAGUUACUUUAAAAUUGAGUUUUCUUUUACCUUAAUGAGGAACAAGUUUCAUACUGAAUUCAAUAAAUAAAACAAAUACAUCACUCUCAUACUUUAAAUCGAAUGUCAAGGUCAUUACAAAUAUUGGAAGCAUGACGUACACAUAACCUAUUCUAAUAGCAUAACUGUUUUGAAUGCCGUAUGUUUCCUUUCUUUGUAUGUGUAAUUUGGAAGAGUGAUCCGAAUUUUUUAAGUCAUGAGCACUCGUAAGCGUACAGGAGGGGAUGUGCGUGAUAGUUCUAUAACAUUAGAAGAUUCACAUAGAACAGGAACGCCAAGAGUUGAAGAAAUUAGUGAUAUGAAAGGAGAUGAAUGGAAUAUUGCAAUUUUAUUUUUCUUGUAUGUAUUACAAGGCAUACCACUGGGUCUUAGCUCAGCGAUUCCUAUGUACUUACAAAACAGAGGUGUUAGCUACAGACAACAAGCACAGUUCAGCUUUGUUCACUGGCCAUUCAGUGUAAAACUUCUUUGGGCACCAGUAGUGGAUUCAUUAUUUUCAGCUCGGUUUGGACGAAGAAAAUCAUGGUUAAUUCCAGCACAAUAUCUUAUUGGAUUUUUUAUGAUUUUCCUAUCUGGAAAAGUUGAAGAUUGGUUGGGUAUUGAUCAUUCCAUCACACAUACACCGAACAUUGCUAUCCUUACUUUCUGCUUCUUUUGCCUGAACUUUCUGGCAGCAACACAAGAUAUUGCUGUUGAUGGGUGGGCACUCACAAUGCUCCAAAGGCGCAAUGUGGGUCACGCAUCAACAUGUAACAGUGUUGGUCAGACUGCAGGGUACUUCCUGGGUUAUGUAAUUUUUGUGGGACUGGAGUCAGCUGAAUUUUGCAAUGCAUACUUGCGAAAAGAUCCAUUGCCACAUGGAAUUGUCACUUUACCAGGUUUCUUGUAUUUUUGGGGUAUUGUUUUCCUGCUUUCAACAACUUUAAUAGCAGUCUUCAAGAAAGAAUAUUCCUCUACAGAGAGACUCAUAGAAGCAGAACCCUACUUGGGAGUUGCACAAACAUAUCGCUUGUUAUGGAACAUUACACGAUUGCCUUCUAUACGUACAACUGCGAUAAUACUUCUUACAAGCAAAGUUGGAUUCAGUGCUUGUGAUGCAGUGACUAGUUUGAAGAUGAUUGAUGCAGGCUUUCCAAAAGAGAAGUUAGCAUUGAUGGCUGUGCCCCUAGUUCCAUUACAAAUAAUACUGCCUCUUGCUAUUAGUAAAUAUACUGUUGGCCCAAGGCCUAUGAAUAUUUAUAUAUCUGCAUUUCCUUAUAGGUUAUUAUUUAGCAUCGUAGCAGCAGGUUUAGUAUGGAUAACUCCAUUUGUAAUACAAAAUGGUAACAUUCCAAUAUACUAUUAUGUAGCUCUCAUCCUCAUUUACUCACUACACCAGGUUACGCUUUAUAGUAUGUUUGUGGCUGUGAUGGCUUUCUUUGCAAGAAUAAGUGACCCUGCGGUAGGAGGAACAUAUAUGACUCUUCUGAAUACCUUAUCAAACCUCGGAGGAAAUUGGCCUGGUACACUUGCACUCUGGAUGGUAGACAGUCUUACAUUUAAACAGUGCUCUGCACCCAGCAUUCAAAACAACACAUGCAUAACAACACAAGAGACAGAGGCAUGUUUGAAAGCUGGAGGCUCAUGCACUACUUUUGUAGAUGGCUACUUUGUGGAGACCACACUAUGUACUGUGAUUGGUUGGUUGUGGUUCCAGUGGGGGAGACGCAAGAUAAAUGAACUACAGGUGAAAGACCAUCGGGAAUGGCAAGUCGUCCAACGGAGGAAGGAUGAAAAGCUGUGGCACAUAACUAUCUUGUGACCUGCUUCUGAAAAGGGGACCUCCAGAUAUGCAGACUGUCAGUCGGAUGCUUUUUCUUUUCAUGCCUUAAAACCAGGAUUGUGCAUAUGUCCAGCAUUUUGAAACAAACAAAUUUGAACUCUGCUUUUUUUAUUAUUUGUUUUAAUUAUCUGAGUCAUUAUAUGUCACAGAUACAUGUCUAUGUUUUAAAUGAUAGCCUGAAUUUUGUUUUAUGAUUAAUCACUCUAGCUGCCACAGUUCUGAAUUUAGCCAUGAAAGCUAUUUUGUGUCCACAGCCCACUGGAAUUUGCUGUUUUGCCAUAUUUUGUGUAGUAUCAGUGUUGGUUUCAUAAUGAUGAAGGAAUGGCUCAAACAUUGUUUGAGUUAAUGGAAACUUGCAUAUGCUUGUGUAGUUCUUGUCAGGAACAUAAUUUAAGUUGUUUUGAACCUGGGGAAGUACACAGUUGCAAUUAAAUCAUCAAAAUAAUGUAGUUGAGUAGCUGGGAAUCGAUACACCUUUGUUGCUAGCUACUCAAUAGAUUAGACUGUAUUUCAAAGUAGUGACCUAGUGUUUGUAUACUACAGUUUUCAGAAUGGUAAUAUAUUUUUAUUAAAUAUUUUGAGAGUGAAACUAGUGCAAGAGACUAGGAUUGAAAGGCAUGCAUGUCCAACUGCCUAAGCACCAUGACCAAUGAUGAUUUGUUGCUCGUCUUGAACAAUUAUCCUUCAGUAACCUUGCACCUUCAAUAAGUUGAAAGCCUAUUGAUUUGUGAAAAGCACUAAAUUCUAUUUUCAUAAUGCAUGGUCAAUGUGCCAUGUAAUAUUGCAAAGAACUGUAAAGCCAUUAGAAUGAACUGAAUCCUCUUGAAAGUUGAUUAGAAGAAUUUGGCAGCAUAUUGUAGCUCAUGUUAAGCUAAUUUUGAGUUGUUAGUAUAGAAUACCUAAACAACGAGAAGUUAAAAUGUUGCCAAACUGAAACAGGUAUGAACUUUAUAUACAGCAGAUAGCAUAUCUAUCAGUCAGAAACACAGAAGUGUACAAGAUUUAUUUGUGGAGAAGUAGACCCAUGCUGCUCAAAAUUGGGGAACUUUCAUCAUUAUGUGCUCAUGAUAUAUUGUUUCCUAUGCAGUUGCAUGUGUGUGUGUUUAUGGGUGCACACACAUAUACGCAUGAAAUGGGCAUCAGCACGUGUGUGUUUCCCUUCAUAUAUUUUGAAGUUAAUAAACUUUUGGUGUGAAUAUAAAAUAUAGCAGUAGAUUAUCUACUGACACUGAAGAAGUGUUAUAGAUUGCAGAGUUUUGUAACACAAACUGUUUCAGUUACUCUGGGUUUUGUCUUCAUUUCAGAUUUAAAAUAAACACGAUUUUGAAAGACUUUAAGGUUUAUAGGACUCACUUUAUAAAAUAAAUACAUUCUUGGUACUGAACUUAUAAAGUAUUUGUACUCAUUAAAAGGGAAUAGAGUAUACUAAGUAGAAAAUGGGGAUCCAUCUAUGUAUAUGCUUGCUUUACUUACCUUACUUUCUAAGUUUCUGCAUGUACUGAACAACAUUUGUGUAUGGAUUUCUCAUUUGAUUUUGUUACCGUUAAAAAUAAAUAUAUGUUACAAUUUAUAUCUUGGUGAAGAGUCCUCCAGAAACUGAAAAAAAAAUGCAUAUAAGAAAAAUAAAAACUUAGUAGAAUAAUCAACAGCUAUUUUUCUGUUCUUGUGAAUUAUAUAAGUAGUAGGUAUAUGCCAGAAGUGUGUUAUAUGAAAGUUAUAAUCACAGUUUGUGUUUUUGUAGGAGUACAUAUUUUAUUUAUGGGCUUUUAUCAAUAUGGUAAUGAACCUACAGAUUCCAUGAAAGCCAGGGAACUUUUUUGGUACCUGAGCAAAUAUCUGCUUCUCAGGGAGGACUCUGCUAUAUGUAGUUAGUAAUAUAUGUUGUUUCUUAUUUAUUCUCACUGUUUUCUUAUUAAAUAAGAGUUUUUAUACCCUUAAGCAACAGCUGGUUGAUGAUAUAAUGGUGUUGUAUUGUUUUAAUAUUAUCAUAAUAUUGAAAGUAGAAUUUGGUCUAUCAGUGUACCCUCAAAUUAUGGAUCCACUACUUGCAUCAGUAGUUGGUAAUUUGAUCUCUGUUCAAAAGGCAUAUUCCCAUGUUUGGAGUAUAUUGUAUUGUAGUAAUCAGUUGUCAAUUGUCGCAUAAAAAUGUUUCAAAAUAUGUUUAAUUAGAUACAAUAGCAUGACCAGAAUUUAUUUGUUCAUUUCCCUAUGAAGGAAGUUCCGAAUGAACAUAAUUUUAUCAUUUGUUAGUAUUUAUAAUGCUUGUAAAUACACAUGAAAAUCUCAAAUGUGGUAAGUUCUCUACAAUUAAGACAUAAAAGAAUACUACCACAGUAAGACACUGAGGGCAUAUUACAGAUACUCUUAUGUUUUCAUGUUUUUUUUUCUUCAUUUUAUUAAUUGUGUAAAACAAUUAUCUCCAUUAUGUUCCACAAUAUUUUCUCCAUCUUUCAAUUACAUGUUUUCAUGUAGUAUGUAUUUUUCAUUUUGUGUACGUGUGACAUUUUUAUCUUGAAAAUCUCUGUCUGUAACAUGGUAUUUAUUAAUGCACUGGUUAUAGAGCAGGGUUUAAUGAAUAUAUUUUUGGCGAGUUAUGCCUCAUUUUUACAUGGUUUGCAUUAGUCAUUUAUUGGCAAGUAAGCAUUUUGCAGUUAGUUUUGUUAUAUCAAAUUAGGUUACCAGUAUUUUAAUGAGGAUUCUUUAUGGCCAGGUAAGACAUAAAACUCUUCUUCAUAAGAUCCAAGUUUAAUUUCCAGAAGAUAGUGAUUUUUCUUGCAGAGAUCAAACCUGCGCCUCUUCCAAUGCUGAGACUUCAGGAACGUGGAGAAUACCAGACCCAUCCAUAGCUUAGAGACUACAUGAAGUCAACGUUUUGUCAUUCCAUCAUUAGAAUCUGCCUCAGAAAUAAACUACUCAUCCUUACUAUUCAGACAGAGAGUCGCUUAAUAGCUUUCCAAAGCUGCUGUAUAUAACCCAAUCACCUCUGAUGUAUGUGCUCAUCUACAUGCACAGAAAGAUGGCCCACUGACUUUUCUGUGUAAUAAAAUUGUUCCACAGUAUCCAUGAAUCAGCAUCAGAAACAUGGUAUUUUGUAAUCAUGUAUCUGUACUGUUUAUAAAUAUGUAGUUGUGAGUCAUAUAUGAAUGGGUGAAUGAAAUAUGAGUACCUAUAUGGAUGACUACAUACAGCAAAUAGAACUCAUCGAAAGAUUUUAAGGCCAUGUAAAUGUCUGCAACCUGAACCUACCAGAAAAAGUUGAAGUGAUUGAUAAUUGAAGUUCGGGGGUAUUCAUGAGGUGUAAUAGAUUUUUAUGGGAAAAGAUUUUGGUGAGGCAAUGCAUGCACAUAAUUUAUAUAAAGUAUGAUGUGAAAUUUUACAUGGUAUUAUCCUUAAAAUGAGGGCAGUGGAAUAAAUUAUGCCCCAGGAAAUUCAGUAGUGUGUGUGUAGGAAAGAUGUCUCACUGUGAAAUGGGGUCAAAGUUUUUUGACUGUUGAUUUGUUAAUUUUUUAAUUGUUAUGGUGUAAUGUGCAAUAUUUCUAACCUGGGGGUCUCAGAUUUUGAAAUUGGCCAUUGGUGUAGGAAGAACUCUCUCAGCUAACUUUCUAAUGCAAUCUCUCUCCAGAUGUGGGAAAAGCCAUAGUAGAUAAUGAUACAGUACACUCAGUAAUGUAAUGCAUGAUGUGUGUGUAAGAACUGUUAUGAAUUAUAAGAUGUAUUUCUAAUUAGAAGUUUAUAAAAUUGAGGGCUGGCCCUCCAUAUUUAUUGUGCAUUUGUACAAAGUAAGAAAUUUUAUGUGUGAAAAAUGUUAAUUUUAGUAUUUGGAGGAGAAACUGUGUGACUGAUAAUUGUGAUGCAAUAAAACACCAAAAUAUUAUAUUA